UGGCGCUAACGCUGCUUCUCCAGCCGCUGAACCCCUUCAGGAGGAGGAGGAAGAAGAAGAGGUAGCUGAUGCACGUGCUCCGCCGGUCGGUCAGUCAAGUGUUUCUGAAUAACGCUCUUCUGAGGAAGAUGAAGAUGAAGAUCGGGACUCAUAACGGCACCUUUCACUGCGAUGAGGUUCUGGCGUGUUUCCUCCUGCGACAGCUGCCGGAAUACAAGGUGCUAUUCAUCACUAUAUUCACACUCUGCUACUUCACUUCAGCAUCAGAUAAAGCACUCACCAGACUCUUCAUCACACACAGGAGAAUGAUCAUCUGUGUGCUUUUCACCAUCUGUGUGCUCUUCUUCAUCUGUGUGCUCUUCACCAUCUGUGUGCUGUUCAUCAUCUGUGUGCGCUUCAUCAUCUGUGUGCGCUUCACCAUCUGUGUGCUGUUCACCAUCUGUGUGCUGUUCACCAUCUGUGUGCACUUCAUCAUCUGUGUGCUGUUCAUCAUCUGUGUGCUCUUCAUCAUCUACUCCAGCCGGUGUUCUGUGUUAGUGAAUGCGUGCAGCAUGGCUCUGGUGUGUAAUAGCGGUCCUGUGCAGGUGGAUCCCAGCGGGGAGCUGCUGCUGCUGGCUCAGGGAGGCUGUCCCUGGAAAGAGCAUCUGUUUGCGCUGGAGAAGGAGCUGAAGGUGGACGUGCUCAUCAAGUUUGUGCUGUACCCGGAUCAGAGCGGACACUGGAGAGUGCAGUGUGUCCCGGCCGGACUCAACACCUUCCAGAACAGAUUGAGUCUUCUGGAGGAAUGGCGAGGCGUGCGAGACGAGGCGCUGUCGGAGCUGAGCGGGAUUCCCGGCUGCAUCUUCGUCCACGCCAGCGGCUUCAUCGGAGGGAACCGCACGCAGGAGGGAGCGCUGGAGAUGGCCAAGAGAACGCUGCAGACCGCACCCAGAGCUGUACCCAGCACCUGAUCACAUCACUCACUAAUAAAUACAACAGCUCUUGUGCUUGUGUUCAUGCUUCUGUUUGUGUUCACUGUAGAAA